AUGGAGGCGCCCAGGCCGAGCUCCAGGCGUCUCUCCCUGGCUUCACAAUCUGCCCACGCUGCGAGGGAGGGGCAGGUCAUGGAGGCGCCCAGGCCGAGCUCCAGGCGUCCUUGGAAGCCCACGUGCUUGUACUACACCCAGGGCAAGUGCACAAUGAUGAAUGAUGCUAUGCAUCUGGAGAAGUUCGGUCACAAUUUGAAGAUGGACCUUCCAGUGAAUGCACCAGCCACAGAUAAAUUGAAGCCUCAGAAACUGGAGUAUUUUUUGAUUCUUGAUUUGGAGGGUAGGGUUGAAAUUCUUGAGUUCCCGGUCGUGAUGAUUGAUGCUCAAAGCACAGAAUUUAUUGAUUCAUUUCACAGGUUUGUGCGUCCAACUGCAAUGAGUGAGCAAAGAACAACAGAAUACAUAGAAGGGAAAUAUGGAAAAUUUGGGGUUGACCGUGUUUGGCAUGACACUGCUAUCCCUUUCAAGGAAGUGCUGCAAGAGUUUGAGGACUGGCUUGGAAAUCACAACCUGUGGAAAAAGGAGCAAGGUGGAUCACUCAACCGUGGAGCAUUUGUUACUUGUGGAAACUGGGAUUUGAAGACAAAGGUCCCUGAGCAGUGCAAGGUUUCAAAAAUAAAAUUACCUAGCUAUUUUAUGGAGUGGAUUAACAUAAAGGAUAUCUACCUCAACUUCUAUAGCAGAAGGGCAACUGGAAUGAUGACAAUGAUGAGGGAACUUCAACUGCCAAUUAUUGGAAACCACCAUCUCGGGAUAGACGAUUCAAAAAAUAUCGCAAGAGUGGUUCAGCGCAUGCUUGCUGAUGGUGCUGUGAUUCAAAUCACUGCUAAGAGGCAGUCAGCUACUGGCGAUGUGAAAUUUCUGUUCAAGGACCGAAUUAGGUGA